UCUUGUUGUUAUAGUGACGGGUAUUGUUGACGUGACUCCAAUGGAGGAUCAACAGGUUUAGAUUAGUUGUUGUGAUCAGGAUCUGGCUGGGAUGGAGGUGGUUCAUUCUGCCCCUGAGACGUUCUCCAGGACUGUAAAGAGGAAAAACCCACUUCCUCUAAGCCAACUGCUGGAGGACACCAGAACGAUUGCAACUGUCCCUAAUCACCUUUUGGAAACAAAGGUGUUUACCACAUUGAAGAGUAACAGUGUAGUUCAGGCCGAGCCAUCAGAACUGCAUUUCAGUGGCUUUGAAGUAGGAAAAGAUUAUAAGAAGAUCCUGAAACUUGUCAAUGUUUCCUCGGACGUGCUGAGUGUCCACAUUUUACCACCUCAGACAAAGGAAUUCCAAAUAAAGUACACCAAAAAGUGCCGACUAGUCCCGGGUCUUGCUUACACUGUUACAGUGUUUUUUCGACCAGACGAGUGGCGUUACUUUUCUGAUAACAUUAGGAUUCAUGGCAAGGGAGAAGAGAACUUACUGGUUCCCGUUCAUGCAUAUCCUGUUAUCAAUGACCUUCACAUCCCAUCUCACAUUAGUCUUCCCCCAGUGCCGCUUGGACAGAGUACAACUCAUGUGAUUCCACUAAGCUGCAGUUGUCCAGUAGACUUUGAGUUCCAAGUGCACUGCCUUCAGCCCCAUAAGGCCUUUACUGUUAGACCACUUUCAGGGAUCAUUCCUGCAAAUGGAAAGACUGUGUUGAAAGUGACAUUUACCCCUUUGCGGUAUGGAACUGCGGACAUCACACUGCAGCUGAUCAUCUCUCAGUUCAACUCUAAACCUGUCAUCUGGACUGUGACGGGCUCUUCAACACCAUACCUGCUGCUUAGUAAGCCGGAUGGAAAUGGUGACGAGGAAGAGGAUUUUGCUGACGAGCAGAAGACUUAUGGAAAAUAUCCGACCCUAACAUCCCAUCCUAAGCUUAAAAUGACUCCCUACUUGGAUAAGGGCAGCAAAAAGAAGACCAAACCUGUUCCACAACUCCAGGUUUCCACCACAGAUGUCAGCACUCACGCCGGACUGGUUAAAAUGCUUCUCCAGCCACAAGACAAAAUGAGAUUUAAGGACCUCCGGGAGGCCAUGUCUUAUACCAAGGUUGCAGACCAAACAAGAGAAAUGAAGGAAGCUGCGUUUUUAAAGAGGGUCCAACAAAAGGAGGAGAAAGGCAAUGCUAUUCGAUGGCAAGUUGAUUUGGGUGAUGAUCCGUGUUCAACGGAACUAAAACUUAAAAUUUUGAAGGAGCAAGAUGAGGCAGUUGCUGUAUACAAACUAAAAUACAGUGGUGAGUCAGUGGCUAUUUCCAGACCUUCAACUAAACUUUUCUCACGGAGAGUUUUGCGUCAUGUUGGACAGGUCCCAGCAUGCACUGCUGUUUUCAGCCGCUAUGGAACUGGCCAGCUGGAGGUCAGACAGAGAGCGCUCAGACUCUUUCAGCAGGCUGCUCGCAAGGUUGUUCUUCAAUGUCGGAUGAACAAGAGGCUGGUGUCUCUGAGAGAGCUUGUUCGCAAAACUAGGAGUCAGCAGGGAAACAAUGAAUCAGAUCUGGAUGAGAAGUCCUGCCUUUUUAUACUUACUCCAGAAAAAAUCAGACCCUUCUCCUUCAAAACCUUUAUAUCUGAAGACCAGGCUGACAAACCUGCUGCGAAAGCAUUUCGUCACGUUCCUGCAAAAACGCCUGAAGCAGAUAUGAAACUCAGGACUCCAUUGUUCACUCUAAAAGUGCCCCAGCAAUACAGACUGAUGGGUUAUCAGCCAUUAUCUGCCUAUGAAGCAGCAGCAUCAUAUAUUCCUCCUGAGCUGAGUAGGCCUUUACGCACUGGAGCACAGGACGAGCUGUUUCCUGUGGUGACAUGUACAUCUGUAGAUCUCAGUGAGGAUGAGGAAGAGAAAAACCCACAGGAAGAUGAUAGAGCAGAUCUGAGUUUAAAUCCCACCCUCAGUUUCUGUGCACCUGAAACACUCCUAAAACCACCCAGAGCUCACCCUUUACGGAUCUUUAAUCCUGCUCCUCAUGUUCAUGCCUUCAAAGCAGCUCCGCUUUACCUGGAGACUGACCUGGACUUUUAUUUGUGUCCGCUGCCUCGAUACACCAUCACUAGCGCCAAUGUCAGAGGUGUGGACAAUACAACAAAGAAGAAAGUUCUAAAUAGACAGGAUAUAAUCAAAGGGAUUAUGACAUGGAAGAAGUUUCCCUCUAUGGCAUUGAAAAGUUUAUCCAAUAUUUCGACUCUAAAAAUCGACUGCAUCCCACACAUGUCUGACAUGCUGCCUAUGGAGGCUCCUCCAGUGCUUCAGAAUCUGCCCGACAAUAUCAGAGAUGAGAUUCAGUCUGGAGUGUCUGAGAGCUCGGAGCUCCGUCUCACUCCAGAGAUGGUUGAAGCAGAGUUCAGUCUGUCUGAAAGAUCUUCAGCCACGUCUGUUAAACAGGAACCAGUUGAAGGCAAUAGUCCCACAACUCCAGCAGCAAGACCCAUAUCUGCAGAAAUAACCACAAGAGACACACACGGGCAGCUGCCGGAGUCGACACUCACCAAACUGAGAGCAAGAGUGCUGAAUAGAUUCAAAGACUUCAAAUCUACUGGAAAAUGAAGAUGGGCCUCAUCAUGUGACCAUAAAUAGCAGUUUUAUUAUAAAAUAAAAUGUAGAAAAUA